AUGCAGAUUUUCGUCAAGACCCUCACGGGGAAGACGAUCACCCUUGAGGUGGAGUCUUCCGAUACCAUCGACAACGUCAAGUCCAAGAUCCAGGACAAGGAGGGCAUCCCCCCCGACCAGCAGCGCCUCAUCUUUGCCGGCAAGCAGCUUGAGGAUGGCCGCACCCUGAGCGACUACAACAUCCAGAAGGAGAGCACCCUGCAUCUCGUGCUGCGCCUCCGUGGUGGCGGCAAGAAGCGCAAGAAGAAGGUUUACACGACUCCCAAGAAGAUCAAGCACAAGCGCAAGAAGACCAAGCUGGCUGUGCUCAAGUACUACAAGGUGGACAAGGAUGGCAACAUUGAGCGGUUGCGACGAGAGUGCCCCAGCGACACUUGCGGUGCCGGCGUCUUCAUGGCCUCCAUGCCCGACCGCCAGUACUGCGGCCGGUGCCACCUGACCUACGUCUUUGACAAGCAAUAA